UUUGACUUUUUGUGGUGGAACUAAGAAAUGUUACAGUUUCUCAUCGCUUUUUCCUUCAUAAUAUUUCACACAACGUGAUUUAACAAAGUAAUAUUUAGCUACCUAAUAGAUGCAGAGCGACAGUAUGUAUUUAACUCUGUCGCGGCGGCGCGUCUGAUUGUGGUGUUGCUAUGGCGACGGAAUGGCCGAGAUCGUGCAGCUCGACGCUUUGCGAAAGCGGAACAAAGAUUUGCUGGAAAAACUACAGAAACAAACCGAAAAGCUCAGUCAGCUAACGCUCUCACGCCCGGACGAAGAGGCCAAACGUCAAAACUCUGUCUGCGAAGCGUUUACAGGCGGGAGCGACCAGCGGCGAACGCCUUUAACGGAGAGAAACGGAGACGUUACGGCGGCUCGUGCCAGUUUGGCUGGAGCAUCUUUUUCUAAAGCAAAAACAGCGAUGAAAACCACCAAAACAUCCGAUGAGCGGUUUCUUGGAGAUUGUGAAGUCACCACACCAAAUCAACACAAACAAAGUCCUGAACCUGCCACUUACAGUAACUUACUGCAGGAUGCAGGUAACAGUCGCUGGAAGGGACACAGCAGAUCCGAGAGACUGAUGCUGCCCAAAUCCGCAUCUCUCACAUGGGAUACUGAUCAGAGAGAGACUGAUAGCACAACGACUUUGUAUUCUGGUCUGGAGACCGAUGCUACAUCAGUGAGACCACACAUACAGCCAUUACUAGGCUAUGACUGGAUAGCAGGCCUUUUAGAUGCCGAGAGCUCUCUUACCGAACGCUCGGAGCAGUUCUUCAGCGAACUACGCAGCUUCCGUCUUGUCAACCGAGAUGAGUGUGUUUACAGCUCGCUAUCAGGACCUCCAUUUGUUGCUGAUGUUGCAUCUUCCUCACUUGAAGGCGAUGAUCUGCAACAGCCACCAGAUACACAUCAGUGCACAUUCUGCUACAGAAUAAACAGUCGUCUGUUUGCCGUCCCGCUGGACACACAGGCUGCAUGUCCAGUGUGUAAGAUGCCCAAACCUGAACACCCCCAUACUGAGACAGAGCCUGCUUUCAUCAGGGUCAGUAUUCCUCGCUCAACUCUGUUGCCAGCAUACAAAUACAAAGCCCACCGUCGCUGCAGUUUUGAUCCCUCUGACAGUCUGGGUUUACCCUCGCACUGUUUGUCCGGGUGGUCCAAUCCCACCCUGAACUCCGGCUCUCAGAUGAGCAGUUUAGAUCUGCGGGGAUCCAUAGCAACAUCGGCGGCCACAGAAGGGUCAACUUCAUGUUUGUCAGACAAUAAACUGGGUUCACCCUUGCCCAAGGCAUCGAGAGACCAGCUGCUCAACCCUACUCGCUUGCCACGACAUCGCUUUCAGCAUUUAGACCCAAAGAUGGCAGAUUCCCACAGUCCUUCUUACGCUUUACUAAAAUCAUUACACUAAAACAAAUGAAGUAGCACGUGAACGUUUGUCUCUCCAGUGGAUCCCCUGUUUAUUGAAAUGAGUAGUUGAGUAAACUUUUGUAUGCAUGUGUAAUAAUGAACAAACAUGUGAAUCAUUUUAUUCUUCAAACUGCUUGUGAAAUGAAAUUUAAAUGCAACACAGUAAAAUAAAAAGUAACACAAGUUUUUUUUUCUUCUGUAGUUUAUCUUA